AUGCACCCACGCACCGCAGAAUCACUCCGCCUCCCACUCAUAGACCUCCCCCUACCCCGUACCGUUACUAUGCUCGAUGGGUCAAGCCCCCAGGCUGGUAAAAUCUGGAAGAAGGCUAACCUAACCUUCUCCUUUGAUGGCAAACGUAUGACUGAGACCUUCCUCAUUUGUAACACAGGGUCUCACGCCGCCAUCUUAGGGUUAAAAUGGUUGGAUGCCCACAAUCCGGAAAUUGACUGGAAUUCCCGCACACUGUCAUUCCCUCACACACCACCGGAACGUGUAUCCAUUGCGGAGGAAGAGGAAGCCAAUCAACACCCCCUUGAAGGAGUCCCUCCCAAAUACCAUCAAUACGCCAAGGUAUUUGGAGAGGAGGAGUUCAACAAGCUUCCCCCGCACCGGCAUUAUGACAUUGGGAUUGAGCUAACCAAAGAAGGCCCCUUGAACUCCCCGCUAUAUAGCAUGACUGAUGCCAAAUCUGCCACACUAAAGGAUUGGCUCAGGGACAAACUCAAGGCAGGCAAAAUUUGCCCCAGCAAGUCUUCUAUUAGCUCCCCCGUAAUGUUUGUACCCAAAAAGGAUGGUACCUGCCGCUUGGUAGUUGACUACUGUUGCCUCAAUAACCGGACAAAAAAGAAUGUAUACCCGUUACCCCGUCCAGAUGACCUCAUGGCCCAGCUCCGUGGCGCCAAGGUCUUCACUAAACUAGACCUAAGAUGGGGUUACAACAACGUCCAUGUUAAAGAAGGCAAUGAAUGGAAAACUGCUUUCUGUACCAAGUAUGGCUUGUAUGAGUCCCUAGUGAUGACAUUUGGUCUAACCAACGCUCCCGCCGCCUUCCAACACUUCAUGAACAAACUAUUCAAAGACCUGCUUGAUGUAUGCGUCAUCAUCUAUCUCGAUGACAUCCUGAUCUACUCAAAGAAUGACGCUUCCCACACACAGCAUGUACAUGAAGUUCUACAGCGUCUGAUGGAUAACCAAUUGUUUUGUAAGGCAUCAAAGUGUACCUUCCACGUCACAUCUGUGGAAUACCUAGGGAUUAUUGUGUCAGACAAAGGUUUUAGCCUGGAUAAGCUCAAAAUCCAGGCGGUACAGGAAUGGCCUACGCCCACCAAGGUCAAGGAAGUUCAGUCAUUCUUAGGGUUUGCAAAUUUCCUCUGCUGGUUUGUUGCCAAUUUCAGCCACAUGGCCAGGCCAUUACAUAACCUGGUCAAGAAGGAUAUGCUAUGGAAAUGGGACACAAAGGAACAAGAAGCAUUCCAGGGACUGAAAGACGCCAUCACCAACGCCCCUGUCCUUUGCCACGCAGAUCCCACUAAACCGUACUUCCUUGAGACAGACGCAUCAGGCGCAGCUCUAGGUUCCAUACUCAGCCAACGCCAGAUGGACGGUUGCCUCCACCCACUCGGUUUCCUGUCCGAAUCAUUCAAGGGGGCCAAGCAGAACUACGAUACGCACGACAAGGAGCUCUUAGCAAUCAUCCGCUCCUUUGAGUACUGGCAAAUCUUCUUGGAAGGAACCCUACAUCCCAUCACUGUCUUUACGGACCACCGCAACCUGGAAUAUUGGAAGGAGUCCCGCACCUUCAACCGACGCCAUGCACAAUGGCAUUUACUCCUUGCCGGUUAUAAUUUCCAGAUAGUCUACCACCCAGGGAAACAGUUGGGAAAACUGGAUGCCCUCUCACGCCGCUUGGAUCAUGCCAAUGUCCCUCCUGCUGAUCAAACAAUGCUCCCAGAUCCCGUAUUUGCUAACAUAGCCCAAGUGGUCCCUGAGAAAGAGCUCCAGCAACAGAUUGAGGCUGCCCUGGAUCAAGACGAGUCCCUAGAAGAGAUAUUACAGUUCCUCCAGAACAAAUCCAAGGCACCACCCUCAAUCAAACAAGCUUUUAAGGACUAUGAGAUGGAGGCCGGAUUAUUGUUUUACCAAGGACAAAUUGUGGUACCUGACGUGGGCACCCUGAGGACAGAUUUACUUUGCAUUUUCCACGACAGCCCAUUGGCGGGUCACCCAGGCAGACAACGAACUCUGGAAUUGGUAUCACGUAACUAUUACUGGCCGGGCAUCCGCGCAGAUACAUAUUGGCACGUAGACUCCUGUGAAACCUGCCAAAGGAUCAGAAAGCCCAAGUAUGCCUCCAUUCCCCCGCAACCGCUCAAGCUACCAGCCAGACCCUGGCAACACGUCUCCUAUGACAUGAUUGUGGACCUACCUGUCAUGACCUCCAUUGGCAUGACAUGA